GCGGAUAUUGGAGCGCAGCCACAACGUUCACUGGUCGAAGCGUUAACUGAAGCAGAUGACUUCCCUCCUCACCGGCUCUGCUCUCACAACUCGCGGUUCGAGCCGACAAGCUCCCUUCACCGCCAACGCCUCUCGGAGCUCCCCCGCGCAGGUGGACCUGUGUUCAUGGCUUCACAGCGCUGAGCUGCUCUGAAACACGAGCCAGACUCGGGGUUUUUCAGCGAAACCGACCGUGGCGUUUAUAAAGAAGAUUCAAAGAGGGGGAAAUGGAAGCGCACCUGCUGAAGUUCGUCGAGCGAGUGCAGUGUCUGUCAGAAAACGGCGAUGGAGAUGCCAUUGCGUCCGAGUAUGCUAGGAUUCGACAGCAGAAUGGCUCUAUGAAAGAGGUAUACGGUCUGACUGCAGAGACUGGAGGAACCAAAGAAAAUUUGAAGAAAAACCGCUACAAGGACAUCCUGCCCUAUGACCAGACCCGUGUCCUUCUGGGCCCGAUAUUGCCUGACUACAGUUCUGAUUACAUUAAUGCCAAUUUCAUUAAGGGGGCAACUCAGAAUAAGACAUACAUUGCCACCCAAGGUCCUCUCAGUUACACAGUGGGGGAUUUCUGGCGUAUGAUUUGGCAGUAUAACAUCCAGGUCAUAGUCAUGGCGUGUAAGGAGAUAGAGAUGGGAAAGAAAAAAUGUGAGGUCUACUGGGGUUCUUUAGUAGAACCAUCCACUUUCGGUCCCUUCACUGUCUCAACGGUUGAAGAAUCAUGCCCAGAUGAGGAAGUGAUAGUGCGAACGCUGGCUGUGAAAUACGGUGAUGAAUCUCGCUGUGUGUCCCAGCUCCAGUACACAGCUUGGCCGGAUCACGGAAUUCCGUGUGUGCCGGAUGGCAUUUUAGGAAUGAUGGAAUUGGCCAACAUAAGACAGGCUAGCCACACGGCACCUAUGCUUAUCCACUGCAGUGCUGGCUGUGGAAGAACUGGGGUGAUUUGUGCCAUUGACUACAUUAACGACCUGCUGCAUGAAAAGAAAAUUGGAGAUGGUUUCAACAUUAUGGACAUAGUGCUGGAGCUGAGGAGACAAAGGCCAUCAGCCGUUCAGACUAAGGAGCAGUAUGAAUUUGUGUUUCACACUGUGGCUCAGAUAUUUGAGAAGGCGUUGAGCAAAUCUUCACCCUCUCACCAAAACAAAACCAAGUUUCUGGACUCUCCAUCUCUCUACUCCAAUGUGGUUCCUCCAAAGCCAGCUCUGAGGUCAGCCUCCAUUGGCAGCAGCAACCCUGACCUGAAAACAAGAAAACCUCCUGUACUCCGGCCCAGGUCCUCUCAUCCACCUCCAUCCAGCAAAAUGAAUGACACAUAUGCCGUAGUCAACAAGACCAAGCAGCCCCCCACUCCACGUACUGUCCACCACUACGACAACUUAGACUUAGAAAGCCAGAAGAACCCUCAAGAUGCUCUGUAUAGCACGGUGAAGCCAAAGAACAGGGCCGCCGGGACUGCACCCGUUUACAACAGGGCACUGCCAGUCAACCAGAGGGGGUCAAUGCCAUCUUUAGAGGCAGAGCACAGUGGCUAUGAACCAUUACCAGCAGAGUUCCGGCCCAGAAACUCACAGCUGCAGCCAUCUCCGACUCAAGCGCUUUCUGACGGUCACAGCUCUUCAGACGAUGAUUACGAAUACGUUACCAGCCCUAUCCGAGACGGCAGCAGCAGCAGCUACUGCAGCCCCGGUGGACUGGGUUUUAAAUGCCGAAUAAAGAAACCCAAAGGACCUCGGGACCCGCCAGCAGAAUGGAACCGGCCAGAGAGAUGAUCAUCAACUUCUGUUAAAAAAAAAAAAACAUACAAAAGUAUAUAUGUGUGUAUAUAGAGUACUGUACAAAAGUCAAGAGACAAACCUUUCAUUUCUCAUUUCCAUCGUUUUUCAGUGCAUGUUUAGCACACAAAAGCCUUCAAUACAGAAACACACUUUUGCAUGUACUUUUAACUUGUUUUUACUUCACAAAACAGGCAAUUUGACCAAGGCUGUUAACCCCUUAAAAUCCCAGGCUUAGUACAUACUAAGGCUUAUUAUCCAGUAACUACAGGGACUUUAAUGCAAACUGGUUGAACUAUUCAAUGGUUAUAGAAGCGUGUCAUAAAACUUUGGACACUCCAGCAGGCCCAUGCCAUUUAAAGGGUAAACCUGUGGAAUACACCUGUAGUUGUUGAGGCUUAUGUGUUGUUUUCUGUGAAAUAUUGUUUCCUCUUUUCUUCCUAAUGCUUAAAAAAGAACAGCUAGGAAAUUGAAUGAACAAAUGUGUGGUCUCUGACUUUUACACAGUACUGUAUAUGUGUCCCCUCACAAUCCACAGCUUUGCAUUUGUGUUAUGUGGCUGUUAUAAGAGUGGGGUUUGUAGUUUAAUGUGUGGUGUGAUAGUUUGACAAUUUGAUGUAUAUGUCUAAUUUAUUGUAAUUGGUGUGAUCUAUAAUAAAUAUGUAUGUUUUAUACAUGAACUGUU